UCAAUCGUGUUUAUGCUGCCAACGGCUCUAGACGCAAUUAGCAACGUGGUACGUGUCGAUUUAAUACCCGUGUUAAAAAAAUUUCAAGCAAAAUCAAAACAAAAAUAAAUAUUUUGAAAAAUUAAUUUUUUGAAAGAAAAAAAGUGCAAUUUUCUUCAAAACGCAGUUUUGUGCGGGGCAAAUUCAUUUUACAUAUAAAAUAUUGCGAAAUUCGUGUGUUUGGAAAGUCAAUUUCCUUUUGCAGCAACAACAAAACCAACAACGCCCAUAUAACUAGACCGCCCACGCAAUAAAUUGCGACGAAUUUUUAGCGAGCAAAACAGCGCAAAUCAAAGCGAGGCAAUUUUCGCAUUUUUGUGAAAUUUUAACUGCAACCGCAACAACAAAAACAGCAGCAACAAGAUGUUCAGCUCAUUCACAGCAUCCCUCAAGAGCUUGGGCGACAAGACCGCCAACCUUUUCAGCCGCAAGAAGGAAGAUGUUGAGAAACUGGCUAAGGAGAAAGCCGACAAUGCCGCCAAAAUGGCUGAGGAACAGGCUAAGGCUGUAGGACAAUCGGUGCAACAGACCAAGAGUGAAGCGGAGAACUUAGCGGCCAGUGCUGCCAAGGAAGCCGCCGAUUUGGCCGCUGCUGAAGCACAAAAGGCUGGUCAGGCUGUCAAUGCUGGCGUGAGCCAAGCUCAAGCCGCCGUUGACAACUCGAAACAUGCCAUCGAUAACACUGUGCAACAAGCCAAUGCUGUGGCCGCAAAUGCUAAGCAAGUGGCCGCCAACGUGGCUGAGGCUUCACAGAAGGCUGCUGCCAACGCCGUCGAUCAAACCAAAAAGGCCGCCAACGAUGCGAUCAAUAAGAGUGUCAAGGCUGCCGAACAGACAGUCGAGACGAAAAUGAAGGAAGCCGAGAACGCUAUCGAUGGCGCUGUAAAGCAAACUAGCCAAGCAGUUGAUCAGAAGAUGAACGAGGCCAAUCAAUAUGUCAGUCAUAAGCGUGAGGAUUUGGAGAAGACCCUCCAUGACGGCGCAGUGAACGCACAAGAGUCCGCCGGCAAUCAGGCUGCCAAUCUGCUCGGCAAACUCCACAUCGGCAAGUAGAGCGGAACGCAAGCAAUUUUAUUUUUUAUAUGACGGCAAGUAGAAAGGAGUGCGGAGUACAAGAAUUGGCAGUACGGAGAGUUGGAUAGAAGGCGUUAGAAGUUUAGUUAUAUAAUUUGUAAUAUGUAGCAGUUUUUAAUUAAGCAGAAAAAAGAAAAUGAAGAAAAUAUAAUAUAAAAUAUAAGAAGAAAGUCCGCUACUUACAAGCAAGCACUAAAAACCAAUAAAAAUUGAGUUGAGUAAAUACCAAAAUUUACAAAGAAAUUUUUAGCUCAAGUAAAGUUUGUUAAAUAGCGCGCUAAAAUAGUUAGAAACCUGCAGCGUUUGAGGUUUGAAGCGCGCACAGCCUGAGAGAUAUUCUGAAAUUUUACAAAAAAAAAAGAAGAGGAAAAUCUAGUAACAAGUGCCAGUUUUGUGAUCGUAAAGCCGAAAGAUAUUUUUCAAAAAUGCCUACAUUGUUAAAUAUAUGGAAAACACAUAUUUACAGUUAUAAAAAUAGUGAACAUCAACUGUAAAGAUUUCAUUAAACUAAUUACAAGAAAAAAUAUUUCAAUACUUACACUGAAAAAUGGGAAUUAUAUAUGUAUAUACAUAAAUACAACAAGCACUGCUCCUUAAUUAGCAAUUGAACAAAA